AUGGCAGAAAGUCUGGCGACACAAGCAUUCAUUACCUUCCUCACUUGGGUGAUAUUUGUCGGUUGUGCGCCAUGUUGCGGGGAAAAUGUCAAAAUUGGCGUACCGGAAAACUAUGACGGAAUAUUUCCAUGGUAUUUGGCCAAGCUUCCCAGUCUGCAAGUGAAUUAUAGUGACCUGGUCGUAACAGGAGAUGACGAGGGAAUCUUCGGUGUAGAUGCCCAAUUUCUUUAUGCUUCAAAGCCUUUGGACAGAGAGAAGCAGCCAUCUUACUCUCUUAAGGUUUCCUUCAAGACAUCGGCGCAGCGUCAGAGCUUCACGGUCGAAGUGUGUGUCAUCGACAAGAAUGACAACGUGCCCUCCUUCAUCGAGGAGAGCAUGAGAGGAAGCGUGCAACUUGGACUCCUGAAAGGGAUUCCAUUCAUGCGGGUGGAGGCUGUGGAUCGAGACGACCGCAACACUCCUCACGCUGAGCUGCGAUUCAGCCUGAUGGAGCAAACACCGAGAAUCCCCUCCAGUCAGAUGUUCUGUAUCGACUCCAUAACAGGAGAAGUUUCCCUCACUGAAGAAGGAUCCUCGACUCUGGACCCAGAGAUGUGUGGUCGCUACAAACUCUCCGUGAUGGUUAAGGACAUGGCUGGGAGGGCAAAUGCUUUUUUCACAACUGGACUUGUUACUGUGGAGGUGACCGGAAACACGUGGGCAUCUCCUGACCCCGUGAGACUGCAGGAGAACCUCCCUGGACCCUAUCCCAUCCGGAUUUCUGAGGUCACUUGGAGUGGAAGUCAGGCAGCGUACAACCUGGCGGGGGAGUUUCCAGAGAUGCUUUUUACCGUCACCAGAGAAGGCGUCAUUUAUCUCAACGCACCACUGGACCGCGAGACCCAAGACCAGUUCCUUGUCAAUAUUCUGGUGGAGCGCCCGGACGGUAGAGAGAUUGCCAAACCUGUGGAGCUGAGGGUGAUGGUCGGGGACGCCAACGAUAAUCGGCCCACUUUUCCACAGGCGCAGUAUCACACUGUGGUCAAGGAGCUGGCCCCUCGAGGCACUGAAAUCCUGACUGUGCAGGCUGCUGACAACGACGAUCCCAAAACUGACAAUGUUCGCAUCUUCUACCGCCUCGUCGGCCAAAUCCCAGAGACUCCACGUGCUCUGUUCAGGGUGGACAGAGACUCGGGGGUUAUCUCGGUCCAAGCAGACAGCAUGGAGGGAACGGCACCACAGUACACCCUCACCAUUGCUGCUGAGGAUGCUAAGGGUCUCAACAGCUCCUGCACCGUGGUUGUGACUGUGCAAGACGAGAACAACAACCCACCAGUGUUCUCCCAAUACGAGUAUGGACCAUUUCACAUCCUGGAGGACGCUUCCGUGGGCACCACUGUGGCAUCUGUGACAGCAGGGGAUGCAGAUGUUCGCGGGGGUGACAGCUGGCUGGUUAACUACCGCUUGGAGUCUGGCAACGAAGAGGACGCCUUUGCUCUGCUGACCGACCGCCAGACCAACGAGGUCUCACUUGUACUAGCAAAGGCGCUUGACUUUGAGCGUGAAAGCGAGUACAUCCUUGUGAUCAGCGCUCACAACCCGGUGGCGCUUGUUGCCGGCCGUUACGGACCAGCGUCCACUGCGACCGUGUCUAUCUAUGUUGACGACGUCAAUGAAGGUCCGAUACUGUCCCAAAGCCAUUACGAGGUGACGGUCAGAGAGGGUGAAGAACCCGGCCGCGUGAUCGCGACCAUCCGAGGUUACGACCCCGACUCCCACCCAAUUAGGUAUUCUCUUCAGGGUGAUACGAAGAAGUACUUUUCCAUUGGAAAAUACUCUGGAGAGCUGAAGACUGUUCAGGCUUUGGACCGAGAGGAGAACAGCACUUACACCAUGGAGGUCCUGGCUGUGGAUGGACGAAAUGCAUCAUUAUCAGCCUCCACACUGGUGACGGUCCAGAUACUGGAUGUGAAUGACAACAGCCCAGUCCUGGUUGGGGACUACUCCUGGAAGUACCUGUGCACCCCUCGCUGGGAGGACCAAGCGCUGGUGCUGGCCUCACGUGACAGUGAUGGACCGCAACAUGGAGGCCGACUGAACUUUUCUCUUCGCAGUGAUGCUACUGUGCGCCGCAACUGGAAGCUGACACCCAUCAAUGAUACACACACCAACCUCUCCCUCAACAUCCCAGACCUGCCGCCCGAGGUAUACACCGUGCCCUUCACCAUCUCUGACAGCAGCUCACCUCCCAGAAGCACCUUCAUCAACCUGCCAGUGACCGUGUGUCCGUGCAACGCCCGAGGAAACUGCAAAGUGCCCGUGGAGCCUCUGAAGGGCAUGCCAACUAUCAAAUCUGCUCUGUGCAUUCUGCUCGGCACUUUUGCUUUCAUCGGUCUGAUGGUUACUUUGGUGUUUGUGGACUUGUGUCAAAACCGAGAAGAUCUGGAUAAAAAUAAAGAAGAGCUUCCUCAAAAAUAUUCAGUUUAA